AUGUUAUGGGAAGAUUUAAUAGAAGGUGGUGAUAGAAAUGGUGAACAAAUUCUAGAUGCAAGUUUGGUGGAAGAAGCUCAUAGAAGACUAGCUCACUUGUGUUCUGAUACAGAAGUAACAGCAGACCCGUCUGUACCAGGUCUGUCCUCGCAAGAAAUAGAAGAAUGUGAUGCUCCAUCUGAAGAGGACACAGUUUUAGUUCGCAUGGAUUUACAAAAACAUGAGGUCACUCAUAGGAUUCCAUUAAGCGUUCAUCAAUACUUAUUUGACACGAAACUAGAUACAAAUGAAGUGCCUGCAUUGGCCCUGCGCCAUGAUGUUGAUGCAUGCAUCUGGCAACCUUAUGCACAGUUAAUUAACUCCGAAACAUGGCCUAUAAAGCACCAAGGCACUCUUCUGGCAUUUGGUUAUGUACAAUCUUCUAAACAGAACCGCAAUGAA